UGCGCUUUUGGCUCUCCUUCUCCGCCAUUCAUUCGUUCGUCUUCUUCACGUAACAGUUUUCAGAAAAACAAGGAAGAAUUUAGCUUUUGUGUUGGGAAAUUCUUCGUUUUUCAUUCUCUUCUCUUUCCCUCUUCUUUCAAGGUACGUGUGUGGGUGGGAACGGGAAGAGGGCUUUACCCAAACCACCCACCCUUUUCCAAGGAAACUUCUUGGACGGUUUGGUUUGAGGAUAAAGAUAUGAUCUGGCUGUCCGAAUAGGUGACAGCCCGAUUUUGUUGAAUGAUUUCAAAGGUCCAUUCGAAGAUCCUCUUUCUCGUGAUUUUAAAAGGCUCGCUUUCUGGGUCGUUUACAUAUUAGACUGCUCAACUGCUGAUUUUAAUCUCAUGUUCUGUGAGAGUAAUCCGCUAUUGGCAUGAGACAUUGUGAUCUGUGUUUCAAAUAUGGGUUCCUUGUCCGGAAUCCUUCAACGACCAUUCUUUGCUGUAACUGCGGUGGCUGUCGCUUCGUUUUCCUCUGACUUUUCAGACAAGUUACCAUCUCAGAGAUCGCCAGAUGCUGCUGCUUCUUCUUCUGCUUCCCCAGAUUUGUCCAACAAUUCAACUUUUGAUUUCUUGAAGGAAUCAAAGACUUUAUUUGCUUCCCAUAUUUCUGUUUCAAAGCUUGCAAACUUAUCAUUUGUCACCAAAAUUCAUGCACCAGUUCCCAACAUUAAUUUUCCGAUUCCAACAUCCAGUGGUAAUUAUGUGCGAAACUUUCACACAUCUCUGGUUUCUUCCCCCGUUCUUUCCAAUUUAUAUCAGUCAGCUGCAUUGACCAAGGCCUCAAAGCAAGCUGCAUCUUCACAUAAAAUUUUUUCCCCACCUUCUGAGGUUAUGUAUAGAUGGCAUUUACCUGAGCCAACAUCUUUAGAUAUUUCGGGUAGUUCUGCUUGUUCAGUGGCAAAAUCUAGGACGGUGGUGGUUUUAUUAGGAUGGUUGGGAGCAAAGCAAAAACAUUUGAAGAGAUACGCUGAAUGGUACACUUCAAGGGGUUUUCAUGCGAUUACCUUUACUUUUCCAAUGUCUGAGAUACUCACGUACCAGAUUGGUGGGAAGGUUGAACAACACGUAGACUUGCUUGUGAAUCAUCUAGCUGAUUGGUUGGAAGAGGAGCACGGGAAGAACCUUGUGUUCCACACUUUUAGUAAUACCGGAUGGUUGACGUAUGGAGCUAUCCUGGAGAAGUUUCAGAAGCAUGAUUCUUCUGUAAUGGGAAGGAUUAAAGGCUGCAUUGUGGAUUCUGCCCCUGUUGCAGCUCCUGACCCCCAGGUCUGGGCUUCAGGCUUCUCUGCAGCCUUUUUGAAAAAGAACAGUGUAGCAACAAAAGGAUCGACGAUGUUGGACAACACAAGGAUGGAAGUAUCGAUCCGCAAUAAAGACGAUAAAGAAAGUAAACCAGCAGUUACUGAAGCAGCACUUCUAAUGGUUUUGGAAAAAUUCUUCGGCGUCGUUUUGAACCUUCCUACUGUGAACAGGAGGCUAUCUGAUGUGUUGGACAUGUUAUCGUCGUCGCAACCGAGCUGCCCUCAACUGUACAUCUACAGCUCUGCUGAUCGAGUCAUCCCGGCCAAUUCUGUGGAAUCGUUUAUAGAGGAGCAACGGCGAGCGGGACGGGAGGUUAGAGCUUGCAACUUUGUGUCCACCCCUCAUGUAGAUCAUUAUAGGAAUGACCCAAAACUGUAUAGUUCUCAGCUUAGUCAGUUUCUGGCAGAUUGCGUGCUUACUUCUUGUUGCAGAGAGUCUUGUUAACUCAAAAUUUGAGUUAGUUGCUCUCUGUUGCCUCAUUCUUUUCUUUUUUAGUUCUUUAUACAACAUUGUUUAUACUUUACAUCCAUACAAGUGAGGCCAAGCAAAAGCCUACAUCUCAUUGGUUUUUAGUAUAGAUCACAAUUCAAUUUUAUUUAUGUGGGCUGAUCAAUCUUGGGUUAUGUUGGUGUCGAGUGAGCACGCACCACGUGUAACGAAAACAAAUUACUUGUUAGCUUUAUAAAAAUUCUGCGAGGCCUAAAUCUUUAUGAAA